CCUCGCCGUUUGUAGUUUGACAGUUUCCUUUCCACCUCCGUCCGUGCUUCUCACUCAGCUUUCUCUCGUCGAGUGCCAUUCGUUCGACAUUCACUUUUUGGUGGCCAACAAAGCUUUUUGUUGUUGAAGAAUUAAACGGUUGAGUUUUGUACCGUUUUCGUGGAAUAGAUUCGACCGAUCUCGAGCGCGGUUCACGGCAUCAUGGGAGUUCCGAAGUUCUUCCGCUACAUCAGCGAGCGCUAUCCGUGCCUGAGCGAGCUGAUUCGCGAAAAUCAGGUGCCAGAGUUCGACAACCUCUACCUGGACAUGAACGGUAUCAUCCACAACUGCUCGCAUCCGAAUGAUUCGGAUGUCUUCUUUCGAAUAACGGAGGAGAAAAUCUUCAGUGACAUAUUCCAUUAUCUGGAAUUUUUGUUCCGGAUGAUCCGUCCGCAGAAGCUAUUUUUCAUCGCAGUCGACGGAGUGGCUCCACGAGCCAAGAUGAACCAACAACGGGGACGUCGGUUCCGUUCAGCUCGCGAAGCGCAAGAACAGAUGGAAGAAGCACAGAAGAAGGGAGAAGUUCUUCCGACGGAGGCUAGGUUCGAUAGCAAUUGCAUCACGCCAGGUACAAGCUUUAUGGUUCGACUCCAGAGAGCGCUGGAACAUUUUAUUAAGGUAAAAGUUAGCACAAAUCCGCUGUGGAAGCACUGUAAGGUGAUUCUUAGCGGACACGAGACUCCCGGCGAAGGGGAGCACAAAAUUAUGGAAUACAUCAGAUAUGCAAAGGCUUCGCCGGAUUUCGAUUCAAAUACGCGCCACUGCCUGUAUGGCUUGGAUGCAGAUUUGAUCAUGCUGGGACUUUGCACUCAUGAGAAACAUUUUUCUCUACUGAGAGAGGAAGUCAAGUUUGGCAAGAAUGAUAAGAAAUCGAGCAUCGUUGAGGAAACUCGAUUCUACCUGUUGCACUUGACGUUGAUGCGCGAGUACUUGGAACUGGAGUUUGCCCCCGUGCGGGAUAAGCUGAAAUUUGAGUUCAACAUCUACAAACUGAUAGACGAUUGGGUGCUGAUGGGUUACAUGGUCGGUAAUGAUUUCAUACCACAUCUGCCGCAUUUGCAUAUCAACGAAAACGCGCUACCGACGCUGUUCCAAGCGUACAUGGAUAUUCUGCCUAGUCUGGAUGGGUACAUCAACGAGGGAGGCAUUCUCAACAUGCCACGCCUGGAAGUGCUGAUGAACCGUCUGGCACGAUUCGACAGGGACAUAUUUCUGGAAAACUACACCGAUCUGAAGUACUUCAAAUCAAAGAGAUCGCACGACGAUACUGAGGCGUUCGACGUGAUUGUAGAUGACAUUAAGGACGACAUGGAUAGUGAUCUUUCGGCAUUUAUAAAGGCAUCGAGUGAUAUGUUUUCGGACGAAGAGGACGACCUCGAACCACCCGGUGACAUCGAGAAUGAUCCUGAAUUCUUCGAGAAGGAAUUUAACGCUUAUAAGCGAAACUACUAUAUCACUAAACUGGGCUACCAGGACUAUAAUGAGGCAACUCGGGCCGAACAAACCGAAUGCUAUAUUAGGGCUCUCCAAUGGACACUGCUCUACUACUAUCGUGGUGUCCCAUCCUGGGCUUGGUACUACCCGCAUCACUACGCUCCGUUCAUCAGUGAUUUGCAAAAUAUCAGUAGUCUAAAGCUAGAUUUUGAACAGGGAAAACCAUUCCUUCCGUUCCAACAGCUGUUGAGCGUACUGCCGAGUGCCAGUAAAGAUCACCUGCCCAGUGCUUACCACACGCUGAUGACCGAUCCGAACAGUCCGGUGGUGGACUACUAUCCGGAAAAUUUCGAAACCGAUCUCAACGGGAAGCAACAAGCGUGGGAAGCGGUGGUCCUCAUUCCGUUCAUCGACGAAAAGCGCCUACUCAAAGCCAUGGAACCGUGCGAUGCGUUCCUCACGGAUGAGGAAAAACAACGGAACGUUCACGGACCAAUGCUCGUAUUUCAGUACGAUUCCAAGGGCACAGAGUUGCUGCCCGCUUGCUACGGACUGGAAGAGAUCGAACAGCUGAAAGUGAAAGAAUCGGCAAUUUAUCGCGAUCAGCUGCACGUUGUCAGCAAUAAAUUGGUUCUGGGACCCUCAAAAGGUGCCAUUCUGGAUGGGUACAUUAAAGGAUUCCCGACCAUGAAGCAUCUACAAUAUCACGGAAUUAUUAAAGAAGCACGAGUGAAGGUGUUCAAUUUUCCCAGUCGCAACCCCAGCAUGGUGGUGGUUAUCGACCGUCCGCUGAAGGACAGUGCCAAAACGACGGAAACGUUGGCACGGGAACUGCUCGGACGUAUUGUGUUCGUUAGCUGGCCUCAUCUGAGCGAGGCCAAGGUGGUGAAGGUAGCCGACGCAAAGCAAAUAUUCGAGAAAGAUCGGGAACCACGGGAGAACAACGAAAAGUUUUUCGACAGCUGUUGCAGGGCCAUCGUCGAACAUCACAACAACCGAUUGGCGAUUGACUUGGGUAAAAUCAGCCAAUUGGUGCACGUUAAAACGUGCGUCGGAACCGAGUACGUACUUAAAGACAAUCGCUACGUACUAAACAAGCUGUGGAACAUCGGGGAAACCAUGUACCCAGUGCAGGCGGUCGUAACGGAUCUCAAGGAAGCGCUGAAAACUCUGAAGCCCUACCAGGAGAUUCGAGAGAUGUUUCCCGAAAACUGUUUGGUAUUUUUGCGGGCAACGCAAUGGUAUGGAAGUUUGGGCCACGUGCUAGAUGUGACCGCAGGGCAUAAGCGCAUCAAGACACGGUUCGAGAUACACGAGGAACCCAAUCUGGACAGGGUAGUCGACAUAAAUGAAGAAGCCAAGAGCCACUACUUGACCAUGCAGGACGCUGCAUCAAUGAUAGGAAUAUCGGCCAAUCUUCUGAGCAGACUGUCGUCGACUAUCUACAUGAUGCCUGGGGCCAGACGGUCGAUCAACGUGGAUGAAAAAGGUAAGAUGAACAUCGGGUUGCAGCUAAGAAUGGUCACGCAGGACAUCGAAACGGUUGGAUACACCCGGAAGGUGCACAAAUCCUGGAUGUUUUCGGAAAAAGCAAUCGAGUUGAUCAAAAGCUACCAUGAAAAGGUUCCUAACCUAUUUGAGAGAUUGGAGCAUUUUGGAAAAGGCGAUAUUCUUUUCGAAGAUGAGGUAUUUGGAGAACACAAGGAAGAAGUGGGACUGAAACAACUGGUGGCUUGGAUCAAGAGUCAGGAUCACGCCAAGGCCGAGAAGCGAACUUGUGGUACAAAAACGUUGGAACCCAACGCCGUAGAAGAAUUGGUAAAGCUCGUCAACGAACAGACAACCAAACUGCCUACCAUGCAGACAAUGUUCGUCCAUCCCAAGGAUCUGUACAAACCGGGUAUGAAACAGGCGAGGAGUAUCGAUCAUCAGGCGAAUUACGAACUGCUUGAUCGCGUGAUCAUCGCUAGGGAUUCUGAAGUCGUUCCCCUGGGAUAUCGAGGUACGAUCAUCGGGAUACACAUGGCCAAGGAUCCGAACCCGGUUCGGCAGGAAAGCGUCGUGGCCAAGAGCGACAAAUACUUCGAUGUGUUGUUCGAUAAGGAAUUCCCUAAUGGUGUUCAGGUUUUUGGUAUCCCUGCAACAAAGAAUCGUGUCGUGCGGGUUGCCGAAGGAGCCGUGCUGAAUAUCUCAUUCGGAACGGCUGACUUGGAGUACAAACAAGUUGACCCCAGCCAACCCAUCAUACUUCCGGCGGAAGAGUUCAUCAAUCGCAAUAAUCAGCACACCCAACACCAGAGGAAGCACGAGUUGGUCCGGAUACAUCCUCAAAAACCGACUCCCACGGCGGAAUCGAUCAAGAAACGUUUGAAUGAGCGAAUAGAGAAGAAGAAUCCCAAUAAGGCCUUCAUUCUAGCCAAUAGGAAACCGUUGGAGGAAACUGUAGCCAGUGAUUCCAACUCGCAAACUGCCUGUGAUUUCGAGAGACUUUGGCAUAAGCUAAGAGAAUCAUCACAAGUGCCGUCCACAUUCGACGAUCGCGAUAUCAAAAGCUUCAUAUCACCGAAAAACACGGCCCCACAUCCACCACCACCGUUCAAAACUGUUACGGAUGCUGUGCCGGAGCAGAAGUCUGCUGAAACUAAAACCGGAGAAAUGGCGGUGCCGGAUCCUUCGGAUAUGUUGCGAAAAAUGCUCAGAAUUAACAGUCAGGAGGAGAAGAUGAUAUCUUCCUCCAAUGUUCCCAAUGGGGGAGUGCCUGUCAAUAGAGAUAGUGGUACAUCAGAUAAACCGCUUCCUGACAUACCCGCAGUUCCGCCGGUAGUCAACAUUCCUAUGCCAAAGAAUUUACCAAAACCACCGUCAUCGUGGAGAUCGCCCAAAAAGUCGUCGAACGCCGACGAUCAACUCAUCAAAACGAAGCAACAAACCUCCAGCACAAGCACUACCGCACCGUCGUCAAAGACUCAGCACAGAAAUCCAAUUCCGAACCAUCAUUACCCGCACGUACCGCCAUCCAAUCUGCACCAUAAUCAUCAACCUCUCUAUAUACCAUUUGCACCGUUCAACAUUCCGUACAACAACGUAUACCCGACGGGUCCACCUGUUCCCACACAUCCCAACCAGUUCCAUCCGAUGCCUCGCUAUCAACAAGCUCCGCCACAGGCCCACAUACAUCAGCAACAGCAGUUGUACAACGCACAGUAUUCCAACCACGUGGCACACAAUCCAACCAACCUUCGGCAGCGUGGUCCCAAGGGACCGCAAAAUCUCAGUUUCAAUCGGAACACCCCCGCCGGCACAGGAGCCUUCGUACCGCUGCAGGCCAUGAUCAAGUCCAAGAAUCGCAACAACAACACUACAGCAACGGUGCCACCGCUGCUUUCCAAGCAACCCAAUCAUCCAUCUGCGACGGCUUUCGCACAGAAAAAUGCGGAACAAAGGCAAAUGGUUGAGCAGAAGCAAGAGGAGAUCAAGCAAAGCUUUGCCUCGUUUUUGGCCGACAACAGUAGUAAAGGUAAGGUCGAUGAAUCUGUGAUCAACCCCGACAAGCAACCGCUCGUACCCUCGGGGACCACAUCAACUAGUGAUAAAUUGGAUUCGAAUAUGUGUGAAAGUGAUUCAAAGUUAAAUGAGGCUACUUCGCCCAUUGUUGUAGCGCCACCCAAACAGCGACAAAUGAGAAUCGCUGCCAACUUUUCACAGGCGGAAUAAAAGUCCCAUCCGGUUUUUAUUUCCUAUCGGCAUGUCACAAACUAGCGAGAUUAUCUUUUUACAGUUAAGACUAAACAAUUGUUUGACAGACCACCACCAUGUCUGUAUGGUUUUUUUUUUCAAGUAUGUUUAUCAUUGCCGUGCACGAGGCAGAGACGUAUCUUGUGUGGGCAAAAACAUCCGCCAAUGUUCCAAAUAACAAACAAUAAACCAAAAUUGAACUUCA